UGCAGGUGCCUCUGGCGCUCUGUCCAUUGGCUGCAGGUGCCUCUGGCGCUCUGUCCAUUGGCUGCAGGUGCCGCACCCGCUCCGUCCAUUAGCCGUCGGUGCUGCCGGCGCUCCGGGCGCAGGCCGCCGGUAGAUGCUGUCAUGCGCAGUUAGUACGCGGCGCUGAACCCCCUUCAUUUCCAUGGCGACCGAGGAGGUGGCAGCGGCUCGCCGGAAGGCGCUGUCCCUGCUCCGGGCGGCCCGUUCCCGCUACGAGAGCCUGCAGAUCUCCGACGACGUGUUCGGGGAGUCCGGCGGCGGCAGCAGCAGCGACGACAACCCGUUUUACAGCACCUCGGCCGGCAGCUCGCAGUCCGACUGGGAGGAGGAAGAGGAGGAGGAUGAAGAGCCGGGGGCGGCGAGCGGGAGCAGGAGACCCCCGGGCACCCACCGUGAGCCGGGCCAGGAGGAGGAGGAGGAGGAGGAGGAGGAGUCGGCGGGAUGGACCGAACGACUGAAGGACGUCACCUUCCCUCCGUUCACUGACUCGACCGGUCCUGUACAUAAAAUGCCACUAAAUGCAAGUGCAAUUGACUUCUUUCAGCUCUUUGUUCCUGAUAAUGUUAUAAGGAAUAUGGUUGUUCAAACGAAUAUGUAUGCCAAAAAGUACCAAGAAAAAUUUGGCCACGAUGAAGGUUGGAGUGCUGUUAGUCUUCCAGAGAUGAAAACCUUCUUAGGAUAUAUGAUUUCCACCAGCAUUCACCACUGCGAAUCUGUCCUCAGUAUAUGGAGCAGUGGGUUUUAUAGCAACAAAAGUAUUGCAUUGAUGAUGACACAAGCCAGAUUUGAAAAGAUCCUGAAAUACUUCCAUAUUGUAGCAUUUCGAUCCAGCCAGACAACACAUGGUCUAUAUAAAAUUCAACCCUUUUUGGAUUGCCUACAAAUGACAUUUGAUACAGCGUUCAAGCCUUCUCAAACCCAGGUACUUCAUGAACCACUAAUUGAUGAAGAUCCGCUCUUCAUUGCCAUGUGUACAGACAGAGAAUUACGUAAAAGGAAAAAGCGAAAGUUUAGUCUCUGGGUGCGUCAGUGUGCAUCAACAGGCUACAUCUGCCAGAUUUACAUUCAUUUGAAGGAAGGAACAACUUCAGAUGGGUUGGAUACUUUGAAGAACAGACCACAGCUACACAGUCUUGUAGCAAAAAGCCUUUGUCAGAAUUUGAUGGGAAAGAACUACAUCAUAUAUACUGGCCCCAGCAUUACCAGCUUAAAUCUUUUUGAAGAGUUUGAGAAAAAAGGGAUUUACUGCUGUGGACUUCUGAGCACCAGGAAGAGUGACUGCACAGGAUUGCCGCAGUCGAUGCUGGUUAACCCCGAACCUCCACGUGUUCGGGGUCAUUACAGAGUGAGAAUGAAAAAAAACAUGUCUUUAAUCAGCUGGUCCAACAAAGGACAAUUCUACUUCCUCACAAAUGCAUACUCUCCGUUCAAAGAAGGAGUCAUCAUUAGAAGAAAGAGUGGAGAGAUUCGCUGCCCAUUAGCAGUAGAGGCUUUUGCUGCUCACCUUGGUUAUAUCUGCAAGUAUGACGAUAAGUAUAGCAAAUACUUUAUAUCACAUAAACCUAAUAAGACCUGGCAGCAAGUGUUCUGGUUUGUCCUCAGUAUCGCUGUCAAUAAUGCAUACAUCUUGUACAAGAUGUCUGAGGCAUAUCUGGUCAGGCGCUACACCCGGGUACAGUUUGGUGAAAGACUGGUCAAAGAGCUGUUUGGAAUUGAAGAGCAUCUUCCCUCAGAGUGAUUUUUGCUGGCAGUCCUUGUACUGACGUCAAAUCGUUGCACUGCAUCCACAGGGCUAAACCACAUCUCACAACCUUGUCCCAAACAUUUUUUAAAAAAUUGAUUUUUGUCAUCGUCGAGCUUUUACUUGAAAUCUGUAAACACAUCUCUUAAUUCCCAGCUCUGCUAAGGAGCCUCCAGCCAAACUGAAGACCAUUUGCAAGGAAUCUGGAGACUGGUACUGCCAUUUAUAACAACAUGAAACGUUGAAUAUAACUUGUUCCAAUUUCUGCUACAGGCAAUUAAAGGAUAAAUGGUGGGAAACCUGACUUGUAAUGCCUGAAUCUACCUGCGAUGACAACAUAAGGUUGAUAGAUUAUGGUCCUAUUGUGGCUUUUUUAAAAUGUACUUGGGGAUGUGAAAUAUGCACUUUUAUAUGCAAAUCAUGCACGUGUGGGAAAUCAUAAAACCAUCAAGGAAUCAUUUCAUUGUUUUGCAGAUAAAAACCUCAACUAUUAUCAUUGUUACACUCUUAAUGAUUUGCGCCUUCAGAGUAUUGUUCAAUGAUGCCAUCACCUACUGAUUCCUCCAUCCAUAGUGCAAUCCAACAGCCCUGUUUAGAUAUUUAUAAUGAAAGAUUUAAUAUGCAUUCUGAAUGUUUACAUUGGACUAGUUAUUAAAUCGUGUUCAGAGUUCACAAUUUCUGCUACGUACUGCAUUUAGAACCUAGUACACCAGACAUAAAUUACAUUCUUUAUUCACUGACUAUACUUUGUCACUGCAGAUUAGAAGUUGUUGCUUAGAAUGCAAAGUCCCUACAACAUUGAUGUGGAGGUAGAGUUUAAAACUAAAGGAUGACAAUCUCCCCAUAGGGGCUUUGAAGUUCAGUUGCUCAAUGGGAUUGUUAGAUGCAGUAGAAUUAUAAUAGUGACAAUGGUAUGUGAUUACAGUGGAUGAAUUAACUGGUGGCAUCUUUUGUUUCCUAUAAGUGUGCCUGCCAUUUAUUCAACAUGGGGAAACUGUUGGCAGAAGAGAAAUCUGUGUCCCUAAGUGAACUGUGCUAAAUAGGGGAUAAAGGAUAUUGUCCAGUUCUUAAAUCACUAUCUUGGUGUGGAGACAGCAUGCAGAGUUAAUCUGUUGCUUUCAUGUGGGAUUCACUUUCUGUUAAUUGAUUUGUAUUCAAGCAAUGUAUGUGUCUCAAAAGUGCCCUGUAUAUUACAGAUCUGUUGUACUGAAAAUAUAAAGAUGUAUGUUAAAAUUUACAAUAAAGGAAAAUUGUGGC